AUGAGACGCAAAAUUGAGCGUUGUAGUCGUCGCAAUCGAUCUCGGAGUGACUCUCCAACGGUGUUGCUCUUAGGUGUCGGCGAAGUACUCUCUCGUCUCAAUCCUAAUGAAUCGUCUCCUAGAGCUGAAUGCCAUCCUUCUGAACCACAAGAAAUUGUGCAAUCCUCUGAAGAUGAAUUAAUUUCCGAAAAAGACUUGGAAGAUCUUCGGAAAGCUUCUAAAUUUUGCCAGGAUUUGCUGAGGAUUCUCAAAAAGUUGGAUCAACUUCGAAGCGCUCGGAUAGGGCAAUUUCAAGGUCAGGGCAGGCCAAUACCCGAAGGAAUCAGCUGUGAAUUCUCAGACAAAAUGUCGUUUAUUCUGAGUCAACUUGAGUCCACUCAAUUAGUGAUCAAUAAAUUAACAAUGCGGCUAAAGGAUACUCAAAGUAAAUCGGCUAACCUGUCGAUGGGGGGUACUUCUGAUUUUGUCAAUGGUGAUGAUAUUAUCCCCAAUAAACUACCACCCAGUGUUAAAUAUGCACUUUUUGGAUCUUUCGAUGUUGGAGAAAGUACAAGGUGGAAUGGAUUCUACAGCCAGUGUAAUCGAAACUUCUCAGAUUUCGUUCGAAUUAGGUGA